AUGCCACUGGUAAAGCGCAACAUCGAGCCCAGACACCUGUGUCGGGGUGCCCUGCCUGAGGGGGUUGCUAGUGAGCUGGAGUGUGUCACCAACAGCACGCUGGCUGCUGUCAUCAAACAGCUGGGAGGACUCAGUCGUCAUGCUGAGGAUAUCUUUGGUGAGCUGUUCACUGAGGCCAACAGUUUCUACCUGAGGAUGAACAGCCUGCAGGAGAGAGUCGACCUGCUGGCCGUUAAAGUCACUCAGCUGGACUCUACUGUGGAGGAGGUUUCUCUCCAGGAUAUAAACAUGCGGAAGGCAUUCAGGAGCAGUACCAUCCAGGACCAGCAGGUGGUGUCACGAAGCUCCAUCCUCAACCCAGUAAUGGAAAUGUACCAACGUUGUGACAAACCACCACCCCUUAACAUCCUGACGCCCUAUAGGGACGAUAAGAAGGACGGACUGAAAUUUUACACCGACCCGUCCUACUUCUUCAACCUGUGGAGAGAGAAGAUGCUCCAAGCUACCGAGAACAAACGCAAGGAGAAAAGACGACAGAAGGUCUGUCUGUCUGAACAGAAGCACGUGGAGGAGUCCUCGGGGCGGGAGGUUAAGAAGGUGCGGAAGGCGCGGAACCGCCGGCAGGAGUGGAACCUGAUGGCUUACGACAAGGAGUUCCGGCCUGACGCUCGCCUGACUCCGUCACCGUACCACGGCAUGUCAUCUGAGGGCUCGCUGUCACCUGACAGGUCAGGGGUGUCUGAUGACCAGUCCUUCCCAGCCAGCCCUCACCACGACGCUGCACUGCAUGAUGGGAAAGAUCAGUGCAGCAUGGCGUCCAGCAGACCUGGACAGACACAGUCUCUGGACCGGGCCCAUCGCCCGCCCCCCGCCUCCUCCACUGGGCCCACCAGUCGCCAGCACUCACUGGGCCGCACCCAGAAUCAUCAGCACCCGCAGUAUGGAGGACUCGCCACAGCGCCACCUGCAGGCACAACACGCAUCAACACAGCAAAGGAUGCCAAUGACCACCAGAUCCCGCCGGCCCCCCCUCCCCCACCCCCCCUCAUGCCAUCUGCAAUGGUGUCCCUCAACGGAUCCGCCCAUCCUGCUGGACUCCUAGCUGGCGUUGUGGUGGCUAUGUCGCGCCCAUAUAGCCCCUCCCCCCCACCUCCUCCUCCAACCAACUACGUCCCGUCUCCGUCUCGUCCGGGAACGGCAGCCCCACCCCCUCCCUCAGCGGUGGCCCCACCUCUCCCCCUGGCCACGGAGAGUAGGAAGACCCCUGGUGGAGCAGCAGUGCCGAUGAACGACGCACGCAGCGACCUGCUGGCUGCCAUCCGCAGAGGCAUCCAGCUGAGGAAGGUGCAGGAGCAGCGUGAGCAGGAGGAGGCCAAGAAGCGAGAGCCGGCUGGAAAUGACGUGGCCACCAUCCUUUCACGGCGCAUUGCUGUGGAGUACAGCGAAUCAGAGGAUGAGUCUGAACCGGAAGACAACGAAUGGUCUGACUGAGGAGAGAGGAGAAGACGAGGGUGAUGUUGACUUCAUAGUCAUCCUCUGUACAGCUGUGGAAGUACAUAAAC